UUCGAACGGUAUUAUUCAACGACACGUCGUCUCUGGAGAAUUUUUCAAUCUUCUGCAAAAUAUUCCCUCGAUUCUGGGCUCACCACUGUGCCUCAGUGUGUGGCUAUGUGAAUCUGAGAGUGAUGGAUGCACAGUAAAACUCACCGCAACAGUAACUCGGUAACUCUUCCGCUCAUCAUAAACAAACAACCCAAUCCCUCGAUUUUUCCAACUCCCAAGACCCACCUCACCUCCCACAAUGCGCUGCGACGCUGCUUCCUCUUGGCUCUGCGGCCGCCACGUCACCGUCGCAACCGCCAUGCCGAACGCCGGAACCUCCUUCUUCUUCCUCUGCAGACCCGCCGUCUCCUGCUGCACCAACACUCCCAACCCACUCAAGCGGCGAUACUCCAGUAGUAGCCAUGCUCCGGACGUUGUCCGCCGUUGGAUUCAAUCCGAUCAUCCGCUAGCUUCUCAGGAUAGGUUCACGGUUGCUUCGUACAAUAUUUUGGGGGAUAGAAAUGCUUUUCGGCAUGGAGACCUGUACGGGAAUGUGCCUUCUAUGUAUCUGAAAUGGGACCGCCGGAAAAGGGUCAUCUGCGAUGAACUUGCUGCCUGGAAUUCUGAUAUAGUUUGCUUGCAAGAGGUGGACAAGUAUUUGGAGCUCGCGGAUAUUUUGGCAAAACUGGGAUAUGCUGGUUCUUAUAAGAGACGCACAGGAGAUACCGUUGAUGGUUGCGCUACUUUCUGGAAAUCUCAUAAUUUUCGGUUGUUAGAGGAAGAGAGCAUUGAAUUCAAGGGAUAUGGACUUCGUGACAAUGUUGCUCAACUCUCGGUUUUUGAGAUGCAUAAAGACAAAUCAAGAAAGUUAGUGAUCGGUAACAUCCAUGUGCUUUACAGGCCAAGCCGAGGAGAAGUUAAAUUGGGUCAGAUUCGUUUUCUCAUAUCAAGGGCGCAGAUCCUCUCGGAGAAAUGGGGUAAUGCCCCUGUUGUCCUUUGUGGUGAUUUCAAUAGCACUCCUCAGAGUGCAAUAUACAAGUUCUUGUCAACAUCUGAGCUAAAUAUCAUGUCAUAUGACAGAACAGAGUUAUCUGGGCAGAGGAGCUGUCAUCCUGCUCAAGUCUUAGGUGUCAAACAACGAAUUAGCAGUCCAUUGAGCUUGAUAGAUGGAUUGUUGAAACAUAACUGGACAGAUGAAGAGGUUAGAGUUGCAACUGGAAAUUCUGGCAGCCAUUCAGUUGUGCAUUCCUUGAAGCUUAACAGUGCUUAUGCUACGGUUCAGGGUUCUACAGCAACACGGGGAUCCAGUGGUGAGCCUUUAGCUACUUCUUACCACUCAAAGUUUCUUGGAACCGUUGACUACUUAUGGUACUCGGAUGGUCUUGUGCCGACAGGAGUUAUGGAUACAGUUCCACUUGACACUCUCCAGAGGAUUGGUAGCCUCCCUUGCAAGAAAGUGGGCAGCGAUCACCUGGCGUUAGUUUCUGAGUUUGCCUUCACACCAGGCACGAAGGAAGGCAACAACACAACUGCAUCAACAAUCUGAAAAUUCUUUACCAGCAUUGUCCUAGCAUUUACAGAAGGCAACAUUUUGUUGGCACACCAUGUAUGUUUCUCCCCUUAAAAUCCUUUAGAAGCAGAUCCUUGUGGAGAAGUAGAAUCAUGCCGAAUACAUGAGCCAUUUUCAGAUUCUGAACAGCUUGAAUAGUCAGAACUUUUAUUCAAUUUGAUUAAACGAGAUUGAUAGCUUGAAUAGCAAGCAGAAAAAAUAAUACAAAGCUGGUGAUUGUUGCUCA